AUGGUGCGUGAACCGUACUGGCAACCGGUGGAAAGAGUCGACAUAGAAACCUUGACGCCGGCCAUUGCGGAGGCCAUGUUCCCGCCAAAAGAAAUCGCGUCAUCAACUGUCUCUGAAUUAGAGACUCUAUCCGCCCAUAUCCUUGCAAGUAUAAACGAAGAGCUGAGUCACGACUCGGUCCAUGACAAGACUCAGAACCAUGACAGCUUCGCGAAAUGGGUGAAGUCGUGGGUAAGCUCUUCCGAGCGGGAAGAUCUCUUGAAAAUCACCGGAGCAGAGAGACUAGCCAUUAUUGAAAGGCUGGCGACGACAAACUUGCACGGUAUUCCAGAGGCCAGAUGCCUCAAGGCGCUGCACAGUAGCCUGAACGAAGUUCUUGGAGGAACAACCAACAGUGUCAAGGUGCUCAUGGAGAACAACCUCAUCACCGACUUAUUUGCAUCAGGGAUCUCCGUAAGCGGGGUAUUCUCACAGCUGCGGCACGUCAUAGAUCUGCUAGGUCACAGAAAUCCGCGAAUGCGGAUAUUGGAGGUCGGUGGAGGCUCAGCUGGAGCAACCUCGGUUGUCCUCGAAAUGUUAGCGUCGAAUUCCAAGUCGAAGAGAUUCGAAGAGUAUGUGUUCACUGAUGUCGCACAGUGGUGUGUCACAGAAGCACAGUCACGAUUCAACGGUCAUUAUGGAUUAGUGUUCCAGACGCUUGAUUCCUUACAGGACCCUGUUUCCCAAGGGUUUGAAACCCAUUCGUUUGAUCUGAUAAUCGCCGCCGGUUGCCUCGGCAAGCUUGAGUCUUCCGAGACAGCAUUGAAGCAAAUACGCCCUUUACUGAAACCUUCGGGAUCGCUUGUGCUGCUGGAGACUACGCGCUCAACGUUAGCUUCCGAGGUCCUUUCCCGCACGUUGACGGGUAAAUGGGACCACGAGCGAAUUAACCGGGAGAAGGCUGAGUGGAAUAACAUUCUAAAAGAAUGUGGGUUCUCAGGAGUGGAUAUUUCUCUUGAAGAUGUAAGCAAGCAUGCUGAAUAUCGUUGCCUCUGCCAGCCUUUUGUACUAACAACUGAGGAGUAUACGGGAGACCAACAAAUGACGACUGUCAUGCUCUCGAAGGUCCCUGAGAUCAAAGCAGAUGCUCCUCCAAGGAUGAUGGAAGGAGCACACAUCUUCCUAGUUUAUCGAGACUUACUCCCUCUACUGGCUGAUACCACGGCGAGAGUCUUGGCGAAGCAAGGCUUCAAUGCCAUCCCGAUUGAACUGUUCUCCGGGCAUGGAAUCCCACGGAACUCUAUGGUCAUCAGCUUCGUUGAUGUCAACGGCUCGAUGCUUACUUGCCGUGAUGAGUCGUAUUUUAAAGCGCUGCAGGCAAUUGUCCCAAAUGUGUCGGCAAUGGUGUGGGUCGCAGCUGAUUUGAUCAUCCCUAGAGAAUCAUCGAUCAUGAAGGGCAUGUUAAGAUCCAUCGCCACUGAAAACGUAUCGUCAAAAUACGCUUUUAUUGAGUUGGAUUUCAGCCAUUACACAUCACAAGUGAGGGCUGCCGAACUAAUCGUUCGUAAGCGGAAUGAGUUGCGAGCGCCUGCGCCUUCUGAGAUUGUAGAUCUCGAGUGUGUGCUUCGAGGAGGUGCUUUCCACGUGGAGCGUUUACUGCCAGAAGAGACACUCAAGAUUCAAUUCUACUUGCGCAAUGGGUUCGAAGACAACAUCGAGGAACGCGCUGUGGGUACUCAGCUGCCCAUAAAGGCGCGGUAUCGACAACCUGGUAUGCUCUCAUCACUACACUUCACAAGCAACCCAGACUUUAGCAAGCGGCUAGAGGACGACUGGAUUGAAAUAAAAACCGAAGCUAUUGGACUCAACAUGAAGGAUAUUGCUGUAGCCACAGCACGGUUUGAUCUGAACAAUCUGAGCACUGAGGGGGCCGGUGUGGUGACACGGCUAGGUUCGGCUGUGACGUCCUUCGAGCUAGGUGACCGAGUCUUCGGCAUUAUUCCAGGGAACAUGGGUAAUUACCUUAGAUCUCCAGCUUCUGUGGUCUCAAAGAUACCCGAUGGACUGUCGACAGACGGUGCCGCAUCGAUGCCAGUGGUCUAUCUCACCGCUAUCUAUGCUCUUAAGCAUCUAGCUAGGUUGGCCAAGGGUGAAUCCGUCCUGAUCCAAUCCGCAACCGGUGGUCUUGGGAUGGCAGCUAUCCAGAUAGCUCAGGCUCUAGGCGCGGAGAUUUAUGCAACAGUGGGUACGGAUGAGAAAGCCAAAAUACUUGUCGAUGAGUUUGGCAUUCCGGCUUCCCACAUCUUUCAUUCUCGAAAGCUGAGUGCGGUUGAAGACAUUCUGAAGGCCACCAAACAGAAAGGUCUAGAUGUGAUUCUCAGCAGUUCUGGUGGAGAUUUGAUGCAUGAAAUGUGGAGAUGCAUCGCACCGUUGGGUCGUUUCGUCGAUGUCGGUAGAACAGAUGUUCUCGGAGGUGGUAAGCUUGGGCUUGAAGUAUUCAAGAAAAACGCCACUUUUUCGUCGUUUGAUAUGGGCCAGAUCUAUCGACAAAAACCAGAGCUUAUCUCCAAAAUGAUGACGGAGAUGACGGGGCUGAUAUACGAAGGCGUAAUUGGUCCCAUUCGGCACCUGACUACUUUCUGUAUUUCUUGCCUGGAGAUCGCUAUGAAUUUGUUUUCCAAGGGAUUGCACACCGGAAAGUUUAUCAUAACCUUUAGCGAUCCGACUGCCACACUGAAGGUGAUUGACCGGUUAAAGAUUGCGCGGCCAGUAGUUCGAGCUGAAUUUGAUCCAAACGCCACAUAUCUACUAGUUGGCUGCCUGGGAGGUCUUGGUCGGAGUUUAUCCGCCUGGAUGGUCGAGCAAGGAGCUCGGCAUCUGGCGUUCCUCUCCCGGUCUGGGACUAACAAGCCUGAAGCUGUCUCGAUUGUGGAAGAGCUAACAGCGGCGGGCGCUGACCCAGAAGUAAUCCAGUGCAACGUGGCUGAUCAGAAUGCCCUGGCUUCCGCCGUAGAGAAGCUAGCUGCGACGCGGCAAGUGAAAGGAGUGAUUCACGCUGCAAUGGUGGAAGGGGAUGCGCUCUUCGAAAAUGCCGCUUGGUCCCAAGUACAGAAUGUUCUUGAGCCCAAAGUCAUAGGCACCAUCAACCUUCAUCACGCCACGAAAAGUCUCCCACUUGACUUUUUCUUGAUGACUUCCUCUAUUGUGGGAACAUCCCUACCUGCCACGACUCUCGGCCUUGAGUUGAUUCUCGAAGUCGGCUCUGUCAGCUCAUCUAUCGGGUUCCAGCAGAUGCUUCAGCGCAAUGCUACCUACGGCGUGUCAGAAACCGAGUUUCUACAGCUCCUGGAGGGUGCACUUUGCAAGCCGCAUUUCUCAUCAGAAGAAUCAUCCUUCUCCAGACGUGACGCCAGGUACCCAGCACAAGUGGUAACUGGGCUUGAGCCGAGCCGUUUCCUGCCCUAUCUGGAGAAUGAUCGUGUGAACGAUCUCGUAUGGUACAACAAUGCCCGAUUCCAGGGAGUUAGGCAGGCGAUUUCCGACCGGGCUCAGAAACUUGCCUCGGCUGGAAGCAACUCAUCAGGAGGCACCUCUUCGAUCGCCACACAGUUACGAAAUGCGUCGACACCUGUUGAAAAGCUGGAGAUCUCGCGGACAGCCAUCACUACACGUCUCGCAGAGCUCCUCAGCGUAGCAGCUGAUGAUAUUGACUCUAAUAUGCCGGUCUCACGAUACGGUGUGGAUAGCCUGGUGGCAGGAGAGUUGCGGAACUGGCUAAUCAGGACUUUCGGCCUUGAGGUUUCAAUGCUCCAACUUUUAAGCAAGAACGCAAGGAUCGAGGACUUGGUUAAAGGUGCUGCCAAGGUAGAUGGUUAG